UCAUGGAGAGUCUCCAUCCAGCUGGAUCACUGUCACUGGUAAACCUACAACACUGUCUACUACCACCAACCCCACCAGUGGUUUGCAUAUCUCUACAGUUACACCCACUACCACCAUCACCAGAGCCCCACCCACCACUACCAUCACCACCUCCACCAAAGCCCCAACCACCACUACCAUGAACACCUCCACCAGAUCCCCUCCAACCAACACUAUCACCACAGCCAACAACUCCAACCGCACCAGGUCCAUCACUUCUACCGAUGCCACAGACCAACCAACCUCCAACAAAACCCCAGCCACCAUUACAACAGCCCCAGGUGCUAUUACCAGAGGCCCACCCACUUUUACAAUGAAACUCAACAUAGCAACUGUGCCCCUUUCCUCUACUCCACCCUCUGACUCCUCCUCCCUCCACCUUUGGUUCAGAGUGAUCAGUGUGUUCCGAGGGAUGUUCUGUCUGUUCUUCGUCUGCACCCUACUAAUAGUGUCGUUAUAUCGACAAAAGGCUGCAGCUGCAGGAAAUGAAAUGGUGACAACCCCACGUGUCCAGACUGAGCAGGGAUUGAACAAUAAUUAUGCCACCAGAGAGCAUCACCUCUAAGCUGAACUGAUCUCUGUUUAGCUUGUUGAUAUUUCUUCAGUGAUCCUCCAGUUUUGUUUUGCAGUCACUGUUUAUGAUUCAUUUUCUUUUGAUUUUACAUUACUGUUUUAAAAUGUGUGCUAUGCAUUUCUUUUAUAUAUGAAACACCAUUUAUUGCCAAAGCCUGAAAUGAUGAAGCUUUUUUCUCUGCAAUAUAAUCGUAACUUACACAAUUAAAGUGUUUUGUUCAACAAGAUUUACAAUAGCGAUUGAGCCCCAGAAGGCCACCAUGAAAGAGUUUACUGAGGUCAAAGACAAGAACUAGGAUGAGAACUACAUUCAAAUUCUUGUGAACUUCUGUCCAGUCAGACUUGAUUUGAACACCACUGAACCAUUGUUAAUGCUUCCAAUGUUUAUCAAUAAAUGUAUACAUUUAACAACUUUUCAGUAGGACUUUAUGUACCUCCACAAAAAAACAGAUGACAAACAAAUAUAGAAUUGUUUUGUUAAAUCGGUGGACUGAAAUUGCAAUCAA